AUGGCGUCGCCAAUCCUCCCGGCAUUCACGGUGCGACGGGGCGAGCCGGUGCUGGUGUCGCCAGCGGCGCCGACGCCGACGGAGACGAAGGCGCUGUCGGACCUCGACGACGCCGAGGGCAUGCGCUUCUACAGCUCGGGCAUCCACCUGUACCGCGCCGACCCGUCCAAGCAGGGCGUCGACCCGGCCGCCGUCAUCCGGGAGGCGCUGGCCAGGGCGCUCGUCCCCUACUACCCGCUCGCCGGCCGCAUCCGCGAGGAGGCCGGCAGGAAGCUCGUCGUGGACUGCGAGGCGCAGGGCGUCAUGUUCGUCGACGCCGACGCCGACCUCACCGCCGAAGACUUCGGGGACGUGCAGAGCCCGCCCUUCCCCUGCUUCGAGCAGUUCAUACUGGAGGCCACCACCGUCGCCGGGGUUGAGCCCGUCAUCGACCGCCCAUUGCUCUACAUUCAGGUGACGAGGCUCAAGUGUGGGGGCUUCAUCUUCGGGCAGCGCUUCUGCCACUGCGUGGUGGACGCGCCGGGCGGCAUGGAGUUCGAGAAGGUCAUCUGCGAGCUGGCGUCCAAGAACGGCAAGGGGGAGGAGGGCACGGUGGUGCCCAUCUGCCUGCCCAAGGACGCCAUGGACAAGUUCCAGCUCGAGGUCCAAGGCCUCACCGCAGAGAUCCUCUAGGCGCAAGUAUACCUACGUACGUGUGCAUCGCAUAUGAUACGCUACAAGCCUACAACUAUAACACAUACGUCGUCGCGUACCACAAAGUACCUCGCCAUUGGUGCCAAUGUGCCAUUCUAUCUCUGACAUAUUAAGAGUUUCUCAUGUGCUUAUUUAAUCUUUUAUCUUUGUCUGGCAUGUACGAACAAUAUAACAUGUUGAUAAGAAAAA